ACGUGGGAAGGCGGCCCUCCUCUCCUUUUCCCGCUGAGCCAACUUUUCUUGUCGCUGGAAGGCAGGCAGGAGGCUGGGUCACAGAGUCUUGUCGCUCCUCCCCGUUAGUUACUCCCUCGGGACCCUCCUUGGUGUCUGUGUAGGCGCCUGAGGAGCUGUUGGCUGCUCCUCUCCCGCCAUAGGCCGGGUUUCCGCGUCCGGGUCGCCAUAGUUGCUUCAAGAAGGGAGGGGGUCCUAGCAGCAGCAACGGCGGAAGAAGCAGGGCCGGCUCGGAGGACGCCGCCAUGGCCUUGCGGUGGUGGCAUCGCUGCUGCUGUUCCUGCUCUUCUCGGGCGACGUGGCUCGCCGGCCCUUUGCGGAGUCUGGGCUCCGCUAGGAACAGCAGCAGCAGCCCACAGCCGACUGUAGGACUUGCAGCGCCCGUGUGGAAGGCGGCGGAGGUGAGACCUGAUUUUCUUGGGGGCCGUUCAGCUCUGUCCUUUCCAAAAAUACUUAGUAUAUUUUGGCGGUUUCAUCAUGCAACAGUGCGAAAAUACAGCUGUGGUAAAAUGAUUAGUGAUGAAAAAUAUAAGGAUCCUUUUAAACUGGGAAGGAAAGACUUGAAAAAUCUCUACGAAGAUAUUAAAAAGGAAUUAUGGGUAUCUACUGCAGAACUUAAGGAAAUGUGUGAAUAUUACUUUGAUGGCAAAGGGAAGGCUUUUCGACCAAUGAUUGUGGUGCUAAUGGCUAGAGCAUGCAAUUUUCAUCAUAACAACUCUGGGGAGGUGCAGGCAAGCCAGCGUUCUGUAGCAGUAAUAGCAGAAAUGAUCCAUACAGCUACUCUAGUUCAUGAUGAUGUCAUUGAUGAUGCAAAUUCACGAAGAGGAAAACUGACAGUUAAUCAAAUCUGGGGAGAAAGGAAGGCAGUCCUAGCUGGGGAUUUUAUCCUUUCUGCAGCCUCUUUAGCAUUAGCACGUAUUGAAAACACCACCAUUGUUUCUGUGCUAACGCAGGUGAUUGAGGAUCUGGUGCGUGGUGAAUUUCUUCAGUUGGGUUCCAAAGAAAACGAAAAUGAGAGAUUUGCUCACUACCUCGAAAAGACCUUUAAGAAGACUGCAAGUCUCAUAGCAAACAGCUGUAAAGCAGUUUCCAUUCUAAGCUGCCCUGAUCCAAAAAUUCAUGAGAUUGCAUACCAAUAUGGAAAAAACAUUGGAAUAGCAUUUCAGUUGAUAGACGAUGUGCUGGAUUUUACAUCAUGUUCUGAUCAGCUGGGGAAGCCAACAUCAGCGGACCUUAAGCUUGGAAUAGCCACCGGUCCCGUCUUAUUUGCUUGUCAGCAGUUUCCAGAAAUUAAUGCCAUGAUAAUGAGGCGAUUCAGUUUGCCAGGAGACACUGAACGUGCCCGGGAGUAUGUAUUACUGAGUGAUGGUGUACAGCAAACAACCUACCUCGCCCAACGCUACUGCCAUAAAGCAAUGAGAGAGAUCAGCAAGCUCAGGCCAUCCCCUGAAAGAGAUGCCCUUGUUCAGCUGGCAGAAAUAGUCCUCUCGCGAGACAAAUGACACACAACUCCUUCAUUCAGCUCAUUCUGGCAGCUAUUUACCAGACUGUGCCUAAAGUUACAUUUCAGAACAUCUUGGCUUACUUCUGGUGCAGUUACCAAAAAAAAUUAAGUUAUCCUUACUGAAAUAACUAGAUUUAUGAAGUAAAAAUGUUUUAUUGACGGAAGCCAUACAAAAACAAUGAAACAGGAUCAGUCUGUUAAAGUGGUAGCAAUACCUUGUGUCUGUAUCAAGGAGAUUCUUGUUUUUUUCAUGGGCACUGUUUACAUAUUUCAAUAUUGACACCCAAGGCCACAAUGAAUAAAUACAAUCAAUGUGUGGAAAAUCCCUGGUGUGUGCUGGGACUAUCGACAUACCUUGAGAAUGAUCUGAUUGCCUAUUAGAAUUUCAGAGUACCAAGAAUAUCAAAGGAGUAUGGUUUAUUAUAAAAAGACUGCACAUAAUUUUUGUAAAUAAACAGGUUAUAUACAAAUUAAGAGAUGUUCCAAUUUAUAAAGGGAAUACAGAUAGGUUUUAUGGGUUGCUAAGUGAUCUCAGAAAUAACAGAUUAACAAUUAGGAAAAGGCAAAGCAUUUAAUAUAAUUAGAUUUAAGGUAAGAAGGCAAGGGGAUGCUUCAGUAUUUAAUGUCACACUAGAAAAUAACCGUAACCAUUCUUGAACAGCCAGUACACCUGGCUCUUUCAUCAUUUAAAUUUGUAAUACCCAUUAAGACAGUGCGUGAGUCCAAAUAAAUCUUUACUACAUAUAGUAAAAAAAUCCCUUACUAAAUCAUAAUCUGCCUUAGAUAAUCUAAGUAAUACAAGUUUUGUACAGACCAAAAAAAGUCACGACCUUGUGCUCAAAAUGGAGGUGUCAAAGUGCAUGUGUUACUGUCUUAGAAGAGCAAAAGAGACUGUGUCAUAGCCUGCAUGAGCUGAUUUGUUUAGCUCCUUUCAGUAGGACACCUGGAUCAGCAUCACCUCUCCUGUAGUAUCUGCCUCCGCUUGGGCUCACAUGCUCCUUUGUAUUUGUGGGUGUCUGCUGCAGCAACCUUCUUUAAAUACAGUGAUGUGGACAAGUCAGUAGCAAAUCCUUUCAAUGAUACAAUUUAAUUUCAGCAGGGCAUGCAGCCUUCAUAGCUUUAAGUGAACAAGGCUUUUAAGUGCGGUGGAAAAUUGUAACAGUGACUUGUGAUAAAUUUGCUCACAACCUAGUAUGGAGUGGAAUGUGUUAAAGAUUGGAGAACAAAUCUUUGUAGCCUCAUAACCGGGGCCAGUGGUGUCAUAACCACAGUCACCAAAUCUGUAAAGGCAGUCAGCCCUAAUGUAGCUCCAUUACCAGAGUGAAAGGCUACUGGUUGGAGGGAGGGAUUUAUAAUUGAACCACCCUAGUUAGCAGCUGUAGAUGCAAUUAGAUGGCACUAAUCUAAUGCUACAUCAGCACUAUUAGCCUGAACAGCUUUGAUCAUAUGCGGAUGGGCAGGAAUAGGCACAGUUUUCUGCUGCAUGUCAGUCCUCAGCUUAGUCCACUCUCAACCUUGGAAGAGAUGUUAAGGGAAUUUCCCAGGGCAGAACUCUGCAAAUUCCCCUGUAAGCCUUCUAGUAGUGUGUGCGCGCUCUUGCUCUCUCUGUUGAAAACAGUAACUAUCUAAAAAGUUGCGAGCUGCAAGUGUUUAGAAAUUAUCACUUCCUGUCUCAAUGAAGUCAAACAGUUUUGUGUAAUUUUGUGCACGGUGAGCUUGUAGAAACUUGGUUUCCUAUCUCAAAG